AUGAACCCACACGGGGCGCACCCUACGUAUAUUGACGAGCGUUCAGGAGACUCCAAUUUUGUAAGAGAGUACAACACCCCAUUGCACAAGUCUACUCUUCCAUUCUUAUCCAUGGCGAUGGCGUCCUCCUUCCUUGCACUCGCAAAACCUUUCAAUUCUCACAGAGCCGACCUUCCAUCUCUCUCCAUUGGAAGACCCUCUGGUCUUCAAAGAAGCUUCUUAAGAAUCAAUGCCAUUGCAAAGAAAUAUGAACCCACCAAGGUUGUCCCUCAGGCUGAUAGAGUUUUGAUUCGACUAGAGGAACUACCUGAGAAAUCAGCUGGUGGAGUUUUGCUACCUAAAUCAGCAGUUAAAUUUGAGCGUUACCUGAUGGGAGAGGUACUUUCUAUUGGUUCUGAGGUUGGGGAAAUUGAGGCUGGAAAAAAGGUUCUUUUUUCAGACGUAAAUGCUUACGAGGUCGAUUUGGGAACUGAGGGACGACAUUGUUUCUGCAAAGCAGGCGACUUGCUGGCGGUAGUUGAGUAA